GCGCGUGAACGCGUAAAGAGAACGCAGCCUAUAUAUUCUUCCUUUUACGUACUGGACGUGUAUACCUGCAAAUGGUGUGGGGAGCUUGCAUUUCAGCGGCCUGUAACCACAAAUGAGUUUGGUGACUGGACGUGUGUCAAAAACUAAUCUAAGAUACGCUUGUCAAAGAGAUAAGCGUUUCUUAUAUUAAAAUUGAUUCUUGAUAUAUCUGUCGAAGAUAUCUGAAAGAUGGAUUGGAAAUUUGAAAUUUUUAAAAUGUUCAUGUAUAUAUCAUUUCCUGUGGGAAUAUUUCAUUAUUUUAAUCAACCAGAGAAUUUUGAAGAAAUGGUGAUAAAAGCCAAGAAAGAAUAUUUUCCACCUCAAAGUAGACAGAAAUUUGAGGAAAUGGACAAGUUUAUUUAUAAUUACAAUGCUAAAGUUGAGAAGAAUCGUUUGGAAGAGAUGGAAAGGCAGUACGAAAAAAAACCAUGAAGAAAAUAUAUAUUAUGCAUAAUUAUUUCUUAUACAUAAUAUUUUUAAUAAUAUAUAGUAUAAUAUUGUAAAUACAUUAUAAAUACUCAACAUAAUAAUAGUAAGACGAUUGAUAAAGCUAUAUUCUUGUUCUUUUAGUUUCAUAAUAGUAAUUUUACAUAAGAAUUUCAAAUAUCCUUAAGUAUUGACCAAAUAUAUUUCUAAAUUAUCAAUUAUUUUUCUAUGAACUGUGUACUCAAGAUGAUGUGAUACAUAUGAAUGUGUAUCAAUUUAAUACACCAUCAAUUACAGGCAUAUCAUUGAAAUUAAAAUAAUUUAAUAUUAAAUUACUAUAAUUCAUGCAUUUGUGUGGCUGCAAAAUGGUUUAGGUGCAAUGGAUUUGGAGACUCAGCAGACUCACGAUAGUCAUUAUCAAAAGACUUACCUAGUAAUUAUGAUAGAAGCCAAAGUAUAUUUGAAACACAAGAUUUAACAAUUCUUCGAGCGUCAAUAUUGCAACAAUUAAACCCAAGAUGUUCUGGAAUGUAUUAAUAUUUUCUUGAAUAAAUGUCUUUCCACAA